CUGGUGGACUUUUCCAUUGCUCAUGAUUCAGUACCUGGAUGUGGUCGCAGUGGGAUGAUCUGCUUGGCUUGCAGAGCAUUUACUUUUAAUCUCCGGCUUGUGACAUCCUAGCAGAAAGGGGUGACCCUUCCAGGAGCAGCUCCACAGGCUAGAAAAAGGGGAAAUGGCUGGUGAAUGGCUGUGAUGAAAUAUUUCCUAGUUCUGGACAUGACCUUCACCACCACAAUGAAUCAGGAAAAACCUGUCAAGUCCUCCUAAUUCCCUGGCUGUGCAAUUUGCUGUUCCCUUGCUGUUCCCCAGACAGCAGCUCUUGUCACCCGAAACACAAAAGCCAGCAAGUCACAAAUGACAGCUGAAAAGUGAAGCAUUAUCAAAAGCUGUGUGAGACUCUGUCAAAGAGAACCUUUAUACAGUAAUUCUCCUUCUGAGCCUGUAAAGCUGUGUAUCCCAUCAGUGCAAAGAACAGAGAAAAGAUAUGUUCGAGUAACCAACACCAGCAAUUGCACAAAUCUGUACAUAUUUUAGAGUCUCUACACACUGUCAUCUACAGCAUUUAGAAAUCUCCAUUCAGAAUGGAUGAUGGAUACAGAAACACAAACCAAGUCUCAGAUGACUACAGGUACCAGGAUGGUAACUAUGAUGCUCCCAAUGAUGGCUACUACCGUGGUGGGGAUGAGCCCGCUCAAGAAGAAGAUGCCCAGAGUGAUGUUACAGAAGGCCAUGAUGAGGAUGAUGAGGUCUAUGAAGGGGAGUACCAAGGGAUCCCACACCCUGAUGACAUUAAAGAGAAGCAGAAGAAGCGAGCUCCUGCCGUGGCUGAUGAGUACAGAGACCGUGCUGACCUUAUGGCUGAGAGGAUGGAGGACGAGGAGCAGCUUGCCCACCAGUACGAGAACAUCAUUGAGGAGUGUGGCCACGGACGCUUCCAGUGGACCCUCUUCUUUGUUUUAGGGUUGGCACUGAUGGCAGAUGGGGUGGAGGUGUUUGUGGUUGGAUUUGUUCUUCCCAGUGCUGAGAAGGAUAUGUGCUUGUCCAGUUCGAACAAAGGGAUGUUAGGUUUGAUAGUCUACUUAGGAAUGAUGGUGGGGGCUGUCUUGCUGGGUGGCCUCGCUGAUAAACUGGGAAGAAAGCAAUGCCUCAUCAUAUCACUUGCAAUCAAUGCUGCCUUUGCUUUCCUCUCCUCCUUCGUCCAGGGAAACGGAUUCUUCCUCUUCUGCCGCCUUAUCUCAGGCCUCGGUAUUGGGGGUACCCUCCCCAUUGUGUUUGCCUAUUUCUCUGAAUUCCUGUCUCGUGAGAAGAGGGGGGAACACCUGAGCUGGCUUUGCAUGUUCUGGAUGAUUGGUGGCAUUUAUGCUUCAGCAAUGGCUUGGAGCAUCAUCCCACAUUACGGCUGGGGGUUCAGUAUGGGAACCAAGUACCACUUCCACAGCUGGAGAGUCUUUGUACUCGUGUGUGCUCUGCCCUGUAUCGCCUCCCUGGUGGCACUGAAAUUCAUGCCUGAAAGCCCACGGUUUUUGCUGGAGAUUGGUAAACAUGAUGAAGCCUGGAUGAUCCUCAAGCAAGUUCAUGACACCAACAUGAGGGCCAAGGGCGAGCCAGAGAGGGUGUUUACGGUUUCCUAUAUCAAAACUCCAAAGCAAGUAGAUGAAUUUAUUGAAAUCCAGAGCUCAACAGGGACCUGGUACCAGCGGUGGCUGGUCAGAAUCACGACUACUUUAAAACAGGUCUGGGACAAUGUGCUAUAUUGUUUAACAGCCCAGUAUAGGAUGAACACACUAAUGCUGGCUGUGGUUUGGUUUACAAUGGCCUUAAGUUACUAUGGCCUUAUUGUCUGGUUCCCUGAUAUGAUUCGGUAUCUCCAAGACGAGGCAUAUGAUUCACGAGUGAAGAUCUUUGAUGAGGAAGAAGUGUCCCACUUUACCUUUAAUUUCACUCUGGAAAACCAGAUCCAUAGAAAUGGGGAAUACAGGAAUGACAAAUUUAUUGGCAUGAAAUUCAAGGAAGUAAAAUUUGAGGAUUCGUUGUUUGAGGAUUGCUACUUUGAAGAUGUGACAUCCAGUGAGACCUUCUUUGAAAACUGCACCAUCAUCUCUACUGUCUUUUAUAAUACUGAUCUCUACGAACACAAAUUCAUCAACUGCAGGCUCAUAAACAGCACAUUCAUGAAGGAGAAGGAAGGCUGCCACAUUGACUUCGAGGAGGACAAUGAUUUCCUGAUCUACCUGGUCAGCUUCCUGGGCAGUCUGUCUGUCCUGCCAGGCAACAUCAUCUCUGCAUUGCUCAUGGACAAAAUUGGGAGGAUAAAGAUGAUUGGUGGCUCAAUGUUGAUCUCAGCAGUGUGCUGCUUCUUCCUCUUUUUUGGCAACAGUGAGUCAGCGAUGAUUGGCUGGCAGUGCCUCUUCUGUGGGGCCAGCAUCGCUGCCUGGAACGCCCUGGAUGUCAUCACCGUGGAGCUCUACCCCACAGACAAAAGGGCAACAGCCUUUGGCAUCCUCAAUGGGCUUUGCAAGUUUGGUGCCAUCCUGGGGAACUCCAUCUUUUCCUCCUUUGUAGGGAUAACCAAGGUGGUUCCCAUCCUUCUGGCCUCCUCCGCUCUGGUUGGAGGAGGCCUGCUCGCUUUGCGCCUGCCAGAGACUCGAGAACAGGUCCUGAUGUGAGCAACAGAGGCUCAGGGGUUCAGGGGGGGCAGACAUAGAAGAAGAACAAAAAAGAACCACGUUUGGAAAACCCAAAAUGUUCAUUUCUGUACUGUUCUGUCCAUACCUCAAAGCGAGGUGGCAGAGGGAUUGAAGAGCCCGAAGGGAUAUAAACAAAACCCCGUAGUUUCUGACCUUUUCACAGCCACGACUGGUGCAUGCAGCUCCCACACGCCCCUUGCAGAGCUUGGGUUCAACCUUGCCUACGCUGGGAGCCCACCCUGUCCCUCCCCAUCCCACUGCAAGGACACCAGACGUAGCAGCGGCUCCGUGCAUGUGUGCGCCUGCGUGGGCGCCAGCGUGUCCGACAGGAGAGCAGAUCCUCACCCCCUCCUGCCUUUGCCGAGCUGUGAGAUACUGCCCGCCCUGCCCAGCACUCCUUGGCAAUCCAUAUCAGCUGUGCUCAGACACGAAGGGCAUCCGAGGGGAGGCAGGUAACAAACUGCUGUAGGUGAGCUCCAGCAAUAGGGGCAAGAGCUACAAAUGUGGCCAGUGACCCACGGUCUUGAUUUUCGGGUUACCACCCCAACCGCCUGGAAUAGUGUGAGAGUCCUGAUUUCCAGAGGAUUCAAGGAUGGGUGCUUGGCUCUCUCAGAAGACUCAGAGUUUCAAAGCCCUUUACUGUCUUCACUUGGGCACAGAGAAUCACUAGGCACCUUCUUGGUCUGAGAGAGAAAUAUCUACAUAAUUUUAUAUAUAUAUAUAUAUAUGUAUUUACACAUACUUGCAAACAUACAUAUACACAUUGAAGUGAUCAGCUAUUAAAAUUUAGAAUUUUUAAUUUCUGCACCCUUAAGAGGAUUUUAAGAGAAACACUAAAAACUAAUCCCAAUAAUUCAAGAUUAUCUGGAGUCAUGACCAACUUAGUGCCACUUCAUUCUUUAUAUCCAGACACCAAAUAUUUAAAUGUAUUGAUGGCUGGGAAUAUAUAUUUCUAUAAUGAUUAAUUAGUUGUAGUUUUUUUCCUACAACUUUCACAGAGGAGAAAUUGGUAUGCUGUUGGAGCAUUCCACAAACCAAAUGUGUACAUAUUAUCCAGUGUAAAUAAGGGAUUUUUGCCUAAUACCUAGAGUAUGGUAACUGUGAAUUUACCAGCAUUUUAGCCAUAUUAUUUAAAGAAUAUGAUGCUUGACUUUCUAAUAUACUUGGGUCUCAUUGAAACACUGUAAGCACAGUUACUUAAAGCCAUUUAACUUGUUACACAGGGAAUGCACACAGCAAGCUUUCACUGUACAGAACAUUAAAUUCUCCAUUUAGUGGCACAGUUUAGUUUGAUAUCCUGUGAAGAACAUUCUUGAAAUUUGUGUGCCCUUUUUAUCAUACAAGUCCUGUUGCACCUAGAAGCAAAGUGAGUUGUGUAUUUUAGAGUAUGUUCUCUUGGGAAGUCAGAAUAAAAUGCAUCCUGUUCAAAAACACAUUAAUACUCACAAUAGAGGAGAUAACACUAAUUAGAUCCUUUCAACAAGCUCAGCAAUAGACCAGAAUUGAUAAGAAACCAUCACAUAGUGCAGGGAAUUUGUCACACCAGGAUAUUUUGUGACAUAAAAAGUUCUUUUGUACUUUUGUUCACGAUCUUCCUAUUUACCUUCCUUUGGAUCCUCUUUGUUGCUUUUCCCCCCCUUGUCUGUUUGUUUUUGUUUGUUUGGGUUUGUUUGGGAUUUUUUAAGAAAACCAAGGAAGGCUAGGCUUCAAUCCUGCCUAGGACUGAUAUCUCACACCUCUGCCUUUGGCUGCACAGGGACAGUCACUUGCACUCACGCUGGCACCAGCCCAGCCCACGCUGCAGCUGUGGGAGUCAGUGAGGUGCUGCUGCAGAGGGCAGCCGAAGGACACACAGCAGGGUUAGAUCACAAGCAGCAAAUCCUUGCUGAUGAGGCAAAAGCCUCUAAUGAGCAUCACUUUCAUCAUUGUGUCAAUCAGGGCUAAACACUUCUGGAGUAGCAAGGCUACAAUGGGCUGUUUGGGAUUUUUGACAUUUAUUCAGAGGUUUAUGAAAUUGAUAAAAUCACAAGCUGCUGUAAUAACAGAACUUAUUAUGCGUAAUUUCUUCAUUUUAUGGGUAGCUUAGGGCCUUUUUUUUUUUAUUUGUCUUCAAAACAGCAAGGUUCCUUCUCUAAAGUAGGAGUGAAUGUAAUAAUGUCCUUUGGCAGCAGUUCACAGCUUCUGUUCAGAAUCCCAGCCCAGAACAUGUUUUUUUUCUCUAAGACUAUCUGGUCCUUUUGCAUGAUGAGAAGCAGCUAAAUAUGUAUUUUAACACAAAAGAUCACCAUGACUUUUAGGUUUCAUCCAUUUUGUUCAGCUGUGCUUGCCAAUUAUCGUAUUACAAUCGGGGGACAGGAGGGGGAAUUUUUGUUUCAUUUGCUGGACUGUUCAUUUAUGCUGCUCUGUGGAGCGAGAACCUAUUUAUUUAAAUAUUUAUUUUACAUAGCACUCUCAGUUACUUAUUACCCAAUGCUCACAGAAAAUCUAUUUUUGUUCUCCAUUGCCAUUGUGCAGUGACCUUAAUGACAUAAUUUAUGUUGCAAAACUUCUCUAUUAAUUUUCAGAGAAGGAAGAAAUUGAGGUCUUGAGGAGAUAUAAAUGGCAAGAUAGUAUUAGGAAAUAUAUCCAAUCUUAGAAACCUUUCCUCUUUACAGAAUGGCUUCCAGGCUGCUAAACCUCACUUCACAGACUAGCUGGGACAAAGUAAAUAGCAAUAGGAUCUUGUUAUCAAUGUUACCCGGGCUACCCAUGUGACUAUAGAAACUUAGCAUCCCUAAAAUCCAUGGGUCAGUCACUUGAGGCUAAGGGAUGUUGCACAUGUGUUGGCACAAGGCUCCUAUCCCUGGCUUGACCAGGGAGUUUGUACCUAAUAGUAGGAAAGAGCAAACACACACUGCAGCUGGUACAGGAGAGCCUGGGAAAGGACAACACUGAGCAGAGAAGGAAGAAAUGAAAAGAACUCGUAUCACCUCUUUGAGACACCUGCAAGUCAGGGGUCUGUGGCUGAACACAUCACCCUGGGCCCCGUUAUUCUCAGCUGAAAGGCAGAGGCAACACAUAUCACCAUGCUCAGGCACGGUGCUAAGCUGAAGAUGCCCUGGAUAGCCCUGCUUCUUCAGGAACAGAGAAAUCCAGGGCGACAGCUCCAGCUCAGGCAUUUGCCUUUGUGACACCGGGGCUGACACCUCCCGUCCAACUUCAGUGCGAACAGGCGUAGUCAAUACUCCUGAUGUGUUUAUUGUCCUUGUCAUGGUGUAAAUCAGUGUAGGCCUCACACUGCUGCUUUCCAGAGCAAAAUGGUUGGUGGGUGCAGACCCCUCAGCAUUGGCUCUGGUUUGACUUGGGCUCAGUUUCAAGCCAUGGGCUACCUGAUAGGCUGAGCCUGAGUCAGAGUCCCGGAGCCCUGUUCAAGGGGAGAUUUCUAAUCAGGCACCUCCUCUGAUGGCUCAGCUUUAUUUCUUCUGUAAAAUCAGCAUUACACCUGCUGUGCAAGGGCCAGCAUGCCUCUUCCAUUGGUUCCCCUGCCCACGUUUGCCACAGUGAACAGUCUCUGUCUUGGAUACACUGGACCAUCCACAGAGAAAACUGCUGACCCCGGGUCCCCUGGUGAUCUCUGCAGAGCGCUAUUUCCACAGAUUCAUGAACUUUACUGCAACAGGGACACAGAGGACCAAGACAGAGGACUUGCCUUAAAUCCCAAAGAUCUCUGUUCUAGAGGACAGCUGGACCUCCUCGUGGAUGCGUGGCAUACCAGUACAGCCACUUAUCCAGGGACAUUGUGGCAUAGGAAAGGUGAGUCUAGGGAACCCAAAUGGACCUGCUGUGACUCAGUGUCUUCAGCUGUACAGCCAUGUAACAGGGGUCACAGGAGGAGUCCUUUGCUGAGUUUCUGAGCAUGCAGACAGACAUUUAGAGGGACACCAAGCACUGUUGAUACCAUUAUAAAAGACCAGUGGUAUGAUAAUGAGUUCUGCCUCCUUAUACUCCUGUUGAUUUAACAGGUUGUUGUAUGUUAAUUUAUUUACUUCAGUUGUGCAGGACAGCUCCUGUUACUGCCUUUGGCUAUGCUAUGUCCUAGUGAUGGUGGCUGCUGCUUCUGCUGGGUGGGGUGAUCCCCUCCUUGCCCAUAUGAACAUCAUUCUUUGGAAUUCCUUGAAAUUAUUUAUAAACAGUGGUGUAUGGAUCUUUUGGACUAAGAAGAGGAUCAUUCUUGGAGAACCCAUACCCAGAGCCAGGUGUUCUGCACACUGAGGAGUGCUCAGGCAUCCUGAUGUCCUUCAGUGAUAUUGAAGAGGGGCACUGAAGGAUGUUCCCCAAGCCUGGGAGUGGUCCAGCCCCAAGGCUGGAUUCACAAAGGGACACAGAGUGAGGCUGCAUGGAGCUGAGCUUUCUGCAGAUGUGCAGGUCGGUCUCCUCCAGGUCCUGCUUUGAGACCUCCAACAGCAGAGUAUACUCUGAUGCUCUUAAGGAGGCCUUGGGUCCAUUAAUAUUUACUGUUUAAAGUCCUUUGACUUUCCAAAGGGCACACAAAACCCAAGAGGAUAUUUUUAGGUUAUGUAGAUUUGAGCCCUAUACAUUUUAUUUUCCAUUAAGUUUCUCCCCGUUUCUCACCCUUGUAUUAGUAAAUGCUGCUUUUAGGAAGAAUCAUGCCUGGGAACUGUGAAGGAAACAAAAUGAAAUAAAUUUCUUUGCUGUAUGUGAUGCUAGUGCUGUAUAAAUGUACACACACUGCAAGUCCCAUUGUAAAUAACACCCGGUGUCGUGCUUUAAUGCAAAGUUUCAUUUAGAUGUUCUGUCAACUCUGUGUGUGAAAUAGCCAAUUCCAGUCCCUUGGUUCCUUUUCUUCAUUUAAAACCUUCUUUUAUUUUUUUUUAUUUGAUCUGUGUCUGGUUGUCACUGGAAAUUGCAGCUGUUCCAAUGGACUUUGUUUUUGUUCUCUCUGUCACAUUAAAAAGCUGGAAGAAAAAGAA